AUGGCCUUUGGGGUCUGCCUGGCUGUCCUGGUCGGCGGCUAUGUGGUUCCGACAAGCGUCACACUCUAUCUUGGAUUCUCCUUCUACCUGAUCUUUGGUGCCCUCACGAUCCCCAUCCCAGCCCGUCAGCUGAGCGGCCUGCGACCGCAAGUCAGUGCUGCUCAAGUGAACUCGACCAGGGUGGCGGCUCUGGCGCUGGUGGCCGUGGUCGGACGACUCGUCCCGGUCUCUCCAGUGACACCGCUGCUUCUCUCGAUGGCCCUCAGCAUGGUUGUUCUCUACUACACCGAUCUGAUGAACGAGCUGCUGACCUCGUGGGUCAUCACGACGCUUGUCGGAUUCGACUAUGAGAAUCUGUCGCUAUACUGGGCCGAAGGAGUCACUUUCAACGAGGAUUUCGCCGUCGUUGACACCACUCUCUUGGUCAGAGCAUACGUAUGGGCCAGCGCCCAGGUAGUUCUUGACAGCUGGUUUGGGCUCACUCCGGAGUUGACUGCAACCCGCGCGGCCAGCAACACCAAGUGUGUCGACUGACGGCGUCGAGGCGCAUCUGAACAUGUGCAUAGGCUCUGGAAGAAAAAAACAAACCUUCCAGCCCCUGGAGGGACGAAGCUCCUCGACCCGGCUCGCAGACGCGGGACAACUGCAUCGAUCUGGACAGCGAGCACGCCGCGAGAGUGUUUUGCAAAACCAGGCUGUCUCCAAGUAACAGCAUCAUGGCAUGGAUGCUCUAUGAAAUGCAGCACUUUGGUGGUGCAAUCCUUCCGACAAAUCUAGUCGUUGUGGAGUGACAGGGGUCGUCCCGAACGAUCGCUCUUGCUGAGAAAUCAACCCAGCCACGCUGUUGCUCAGGAUCGGUGUUUGCUCCGGGAUUCUGAAUAUACACCCUCGUGCGAUGUGCCCAAGAGCACCAUCCGGAGAUCCUGCGUCA